AUGUAUGGCCAAAACAACGAAUCCGACCCAGCGAGAGGGCAUGGCGCGCCCAAUGCGUCUUCGUUGGAAUCUGCCACCCAUAUUCCACCGGGGAAUCCGCCAGUUCCGGUGCCCGGCUACCCCGCCUCUGCGACUGUGCCUGCGUACGGCGCCUAUUACGGCUACAACGGUUACGCUGCAUACGGUAAUAACUACGGCGUGAACUAUGGAAAUGGGCCGGCCGCGGCCACGGUACCGCCUACACCUCCCGUGGCAGCGCCGUUGGCGCCCAUGGCUGUGCCCUCCACCGCCUCAAUGCCGCCAACUACAGCAGCUGUGUCGUCCGCUAUGGUCCAACCGUCUGCUGAGGACAAGCUCGAGAGCGUUCAGCGCUGCCACAUGCACACGAAGCCAGAUCUGAAUUGCAAGUUCUGCCGCAAGUACAAGUCCGCCGUUCACGAGAUGAGCCGCUUGGCCGCUCAGCAGAGCAGCCAGCAGCCCGUGGAUAAGCCCAACCAGCUGCCGAUGACCAAUUCGAGCACGUACAACUUGAACACACUGCUUUUGAGCAACAUUCUGAACUCGGAGUACUACAAGUCGCUAUCGGCGAUUAAUUCCUACGUCGACGUGAUGAACGAGUUGAUUCAGUACGCCGACCAUGCGGAGCCGUACUGCAGCACUGCGACCCGUGCGCCGUCUACCCUGUUCUGCUGCCUCCACAAGCUUUUUACGUUGAGGCUCACUGAACGCCAGAUGACAGCUCUCGUUGACUGCCCCAAAUCGCCCUAUCCGCGUUGCUGCGGGUUUUUGUACCUGCGGUUCGUCCUUCCCUCCGACCAGGUACGCUCCCUCAACGGCGCCGUCAUGUCAUGGCCACCGCAGCUGUGGGACUGGUUCGAGCCGUACCUAAUGGAUGACGAAUCGUUUGUUGUGAGUGCGCACCCAACCCGCAAAACGACGAUCGGCGAAUUUUGCGAGCGUCUGCUGGUGGACGACAAAUACUUCAACACAGUGCUCCCGCGUUUGCCCAUGCGUUUCAAGAACCGCCACGGCCCGCACUUGUACAGCAUGGCCGAACACCGGCGUCGGCGCGUCAGGAACCUGGAGUCCAUCGACGACUUCGCCCCUGGAAAAUCGGCUUCGGCGUUCAUCAGUGGUGACUGGGUGGAGUGUACCAUCCAGUCGGUCUCCGACGAUUACCCUACGGUGACCGUGUCGCUGACCAGCGGAGAGGAGCAAACCGUCGACAUAGGAUACGUAUCGCUAGGCAAGACCGGAAAAUCCGGCUCUAAACGUGGAAGGGAGUCGGAAUCGCCCGAGGCCGAUGGUAGCGGCCGGAAGCCCGGCCACGUCGACCGUCACCGCGCCCGUGACGGUUCUCCCGGCUCUACCAAGUCGAAGGAGGCGUUGCUACGCGAGUUCAAGCGGCGUGAGAGCGAGCGCGCGCUGGCAGUUGGGAAGGACUACUCCAAGCGCCCGUGCUCCUUCAAGACAUCGCUGUCGUCGAAAAUGGACAACAAGCGCUGA